AUGGCCUCUCGUGUCCUGGUCUCUGGUCUUCCCCGGUCGCUCCCUCCCCUCCCCCCGGGGCCUGCCCCUACCUGCGUCCCCUGCGUCGAGGGGUGGCAGCGCGCCGCUCCUCACUCCUCCGAGUUUCCGCCGACAGAGGCUCCGCUGCAGACUCUUCACAUGGACGUGUGGGGCCCAGCCCGCGUCCGUGGACAGGGUCAUGAGCGUUACUUCCUACUGGUGGUUGACGACUACUCGCGUUACACCACAGUCUUCCCCUUGCGCCGCAAGGAUGAGGUCACUGAGGUGUUGAUCGACUGGAUCCGCGCUGCUCGUCUCCAGCUCAGGAAGAGUUUCGGCUCUGACUUUCCUGUUUUGCGUCUGCACUCCGACAGAGGUGGGGAGUUUUCCUCUGGCCCUCUGCGAGCCUUCUGUCGUGCGAGGGGCAUCCGCCAGACGUUCACGCUUCCGGCCUCUCCACAGCAAAAUGGGAUUGCUGAGCGCCGCAUUGGCAUGGUCAUGGACGUCGCUCGUACGUCCAUGAUCCAUGCGGCUGCUCCCCAUUUUCUGUGGCCGUUUGCGGUUCAGUACGCGGCGCGUCAGAUCAACCUUCAGCCCCGGGUCUCCAUGCCGGGGACCUCCCCCACUCUGCUGUGGACGGGGAAGGUUGGCGAUGCGUCUGCGUUCCGUGUCUGGGGAUCUCGGGCUUUUGUCCGAGACUUGUCUGCGGACAAGAUGUCCUCCCGUGCUGUUCCCUGCGUCUUCCUUGGCUUCCCCCCUGACGCGCCUGGUUGGCAGUUUUACCACCCCACCUCGCGCCGUGUUCUGUCCUCCCAGGACGUCACGUUUGACGAGUCGGUUCCGUACUACCGUCUCUUCCCCUACCGCACUGCCCCGCUCCCCCCCCCGCCGCUCUUCCUUACGCCAGGUCCCCCCCCGCCUUUGGAGGUCACUUCCGACACCUCUGGCCCACCCGAGGGGGGUGACGCUGCUGCUGGCGCCCCGUCGGCCUACCGCCGCGCACCACGCUUGGAGACCCCUCCGGGGUUCCCUCCGCGACCUUCUUCACCGCCUCUGCAGCCGGUUACUGUUGACUCUGGUGCUGCUGGGGGUGGUGCUCCUGGAGGUGCUGCGUCUGGGGGUGCGGAAUCUGGGGGUGCUGAGCCAGCGCGUGAGGAGACUGGAGGUUCUGCGCUUGGGGGUACUGUGUCUGUGGGUGCUGAGCGUGUGUGUGCGGAGUCUGGGGGUGCUGAGUCUGGGGGUGCUGAGUCUGGCGGUGAGACGCUUGAGGGUACUGGGACUGCUGGUGCGCGGCCUACUUGGAGUGGCCGCCUUCGUCCGCGUGUGCCUCUCACCACUCAGCAGCUGCACGACUGGUACGGUCGCCGUCAGCGUCGCGCUGCUGGAGCCCGGGACUCUGCUGCUCGAGGUACUGGAGCUGCUGGGGCUGGGGGUGCUGCGCCUGGAGGUGCUGCUGCUGGAGACACUGAGGCUGGAGACCCUGGGACUAGAGGUGCUGGUUCUGGGGGUACUGCUGCGGGAGACGCUGCGGUUGGAGACCCUGGGACUGGAGGUGCUGGUUCUGGAGGUGCUGCUGCGGGAGACGCUGCGGUUGGAGACCCUGGGACUGGAGGUGCUGGUUUUGGGGGUGCUGCUGCGGGAGACACUGCGGUUGGAGACCCUGGGACUGCAGGUGCCGGUUCUGGGGGUGCGGCUGCUGGUGACGCUGGUUCUGGAGCUGCUGGCGCUGGAGGUACCGGUUCUGAGGCUGGAGCUUCUGGAGCUGCUGGAGGCGCUGGCGCUGCUGGAGGUGCUGGCGCUGCUGGAGCUGCUGGAGCUGCUGGAGCUGCCGGAGCUGACAGGUAG